UCACUCGUAUCGCUGCUGCUGUUUCCGAGAUUUUGCCAAACCAAUCUUCUGCGGGGGAGAACCGCACCGCGUACGAGAGCAAAUACUGUGGAAAGAACCUGCAUAAGUUGGCAUUAAAAUCAAAUCAGUUGUGUAACGUGCUAGCCACAAGGCAAUAAACAUACAGAUACAGCGAUACUCGAAACGGGUACCAUUAUGACUGUAACCUGUGAAAUCGAGUUCGAUAACAAUCCCCAUGGCACGUAUUUUGGGGGCCAAGUACUGACGGGAAGGGUUACUUUGAAAUUGGACAAAGUGAAGUUGGUGAAAGCCGUCACAUUAAAUAUAAAUGGUUAUUCGGAGACCCGAUGGCGCGAGAGGACAACAGGUAGUACAAGGAGACGCAGGGCACAACACACAUUCUAUGGUCGGGAGGAUUAUAUAGCAUCUAAAACCUUCCUAGUGGGUUCCAACUUGAGCAGCCAAUGCUCCAUUGAACCGGGCAUACACGUCUACAACUUUGCCUGUCAGAUCCCCACAGAGUGUCCCUCCUCCUUUGAGGGCACCCAUGGACGCGUUCGCUACAUGACGAAUGUCACCCUUGUGCGACCCUGGAAGUUCGAUCAGAACUAUACGCGCUGCUUCACUGUACUCAAAGUGAUGGACCUGAACUUUGACAGUCCCCUGCUGAGGGUGCCCGCUCACAGUGAGACCUCGAAGACCUACUGCUGCUGGCCCUGUACCUCGGAUCCGCUGGCUCUGCAGCUGACUCUGCCCCAGACAGGCUUUGUGCCCGGACAGAAUGUACCCCUGAGCGUGCUGGUGACCAACGACAGUCACAUUCCUGUGGAGCAACUGAUGGUCACCCUCGUCAUGUUGGUCACGUAUCACAGCAAGCCCCCAUCGAUGCCGAACUCCACUUUCGAGAGGUUCACCCUGAGCACCGUCAAGGGGGAUCCCGUGUCAAGGAACUGCAAGAAGCUGUUCAACUAUGAGCUGAGGGUGCCUGCCACCCCACCAACGUGCUUCAAUCUGUGCGGCAUCAUACAGAUUGCCUACCAGGUGGAGGUGGAGGCACAGGUCAAGGGAUGCCACACCAACGAGCAGGUCAGCGUUCCGUUGACCAUUGGCAGUGUGCCCUUGUCCCAGCACGUUCACAUUCAGCCCCGUGGCAUGCCACAACAACCACUUGAUGUUCAGGGAUUGGCCUCCGCUCCGCCAGUAGAUCCCGCCAGUCCCUGGGCUGUGGAUGAUACUAUACCUCCUCCCAACUAUCAGGAGGCCAUUCAUAUGCGAUCUGCCGCUUCUACCAGUAAGACAGACGACCCAGACGACGACCUAGAGCCAGUACCACCAAAUACUCUCAAUCCCGAUGGCAGCGUCUACAAGCCGCUCUAUCCGGUCUUCGAUAUACCAAGUCCCACGGUCCCUCCUCCAUCCGACUGGACUCAGAACUAUAUGGCCGAAAGGGCCUUUGUGAAUCCAGCUGCGGAUACAGACAAGGAUAAGGGAACUUGGCUGUGAAAAGCUCACAACAAAAAGAAAUAGGAAAGAUACUUUGAAGGCAUACAUAUAUCAACUAUUUUGUAUAUGAAGCGAACUAUGUAAAUAAAUCGAACAUAAAUGACGAAAAUAUUAGUUAUU